GAAGUGCCAUUGGUUCCAGCAUCAGAAUCUUCCUUACAUUCUUGAGUGGUAUGUUGAAAACCAGCAGGUGACUCAAGAAGAGCUGAAGGCAAGCUACGAUGCUGCAAACGAGGGCAAGCUUGACAAGGAAAAGGUCAUGCAAGGUCUUAAUGACUUGGACGCGGCACUCGCCGUGCUGGCAGAUUGCUUGGUGCGAACCAAGAAGUGCAAGGAACGCCUCGCAGAAAUUGCAAUGCGGUCCAACGCCAUUCCCAGCGAGGCCUACAUUCAAAUGAUGGUUGAGAACGAGAAGAACAAUCAGCACCGUGGCUGGCAAGAUCGUGUCAAGGUGCUGGAGAAGCUCAAGAAGCAGAGCGAGCUCUUGAAGGGCGCAGAGGACCCUGGAUUCACUGACAAGUUGCUCAAGAAGUUCAGACAAGAUCAGAACCUCUCUGUUGUGGCGAAGAAGUCUGCCAUCGUGAAGAGUGGCCACAGGAACAAGAGCUGGUAUAUUUCGUGGUUUGGCUCGUACGGCGAGUGA